UCAUUCUCAUUCUCUUUCAUCAAACCAUUUCUUUUACCUUUUUUUUUUUUUUUUUAAUAUCCUUCUGCAAAGAAUCCUGUCCCCAACAAAAAACAACGCCUUUGUUGUUUCUCAACGGCCGCUCUAUUCCCAAAUUAGCAACUUUUUUUCUCUCUCUCUCUCUCUCUCACGCUCACACGCAAACUAUAACACACACACACUCUUGAAACGUUCCCUCCCAAGAUCUCUCAUUGUUACAUGUCGGUGGGCGUUGUCGAUAUCUCAAACAAGAUCUGAGAAGAGUACUAUUCCCACCUCAGAUCUCUCUUUUUUGUAUCUGGGUGUUGCCUUUGCUUUUUUGAUUCUCGAUGAGUUGGAGAUACAGAGCUGGGUUGUGUCUCAUAGGAGCUGUUGUUGUUAUAUGGGUCACCUCUGCCGAAGUCACCCAGGACAUAUUUGUAGACUAUAAGCAGCCUUUUGCAGUAACAUAUCUUGGAGCUUCUCUUAUGGUAGUUUACCUCCCAAUAGCAUUCCUAAAGGAUUGGUUGUGUAAUUUUCUAAAACGUCGCUCUUCUAAAAGUGGUAAAAAUGCAGAAAGUGUGGCUGAGUUUUCUGCCGGUCUUAAUUCUCCAGCAAAAUACAAUGGUGGGCAAAAAAGCUAUGAAUUGGAACUUCCGACAACUUUGACUAGAAAAGACAGUGAAGCAGACCUUUCACCUCAUGCAGAAGGAAGGCCAUUGGUUGCUAAAGGGAAAGAUGAAGCUCACAUACUUAAACAAGAUAGAGAGCUUACACCCAGAGAAAUUGCUACUUAUGGAUUUUAUAUUGCCCCAAUCUGGUUUAUAACCGAGUACCUAUCGAAUGCUGCACUGGCACGUACAAGUGUUGCGAGUACAACAGUAUUAUCCUCUACUUCAGGACUUUUUACUCUUUUCAUUGGUGCGUAUCUGGGCCAAGAUUCUUUAAACAUUGCAAAAGUAGUUGCUGUCUUUGUUAGCAUGGCUGGUGUGGCUAUGACAACCAUGGGAAAAACUUGGGCAGCAGAUGAUUCACAAAUGAAUGCUUCUGCCAGUGGAAAACGUACUCUUGUUGGGGAUCUUUUUGGCCUCCUCUCAGCUGUGUCAUAUGGUUUAUUUACAGUGCUUCUUAAAAAGUUUACGGGUGAAGAAGGAGAAAGGGCUGAUGUGCAAAAGUUGUUUGGAUAUAUUGGAUUAUUUACGCUUGUAGCACUAUGGUGGCUUGUUUGGCCAUUGACAGCCUUGGGCAUUGAACCAAAAUUCACAAUUCCUCAUUCUGCUAAGAUGGAUGAAAUUGUUCUUGCCAAUGGCUUUGUUGGAAGUGUCCUCUCUGACUACUUUUGGGCACUCUGUGUUGUAUGGACAACUCCACUGGUGGCCACUUUGGGCAUGUCACUCACCAUCCCUCUUGCUAUGCUGGCUGACAUGAUGAUCCAUGGUCGUCAUUAUUCAGCAAUAUACAUUCUCGGCUCAACUCAGGUAUUUGCUGGUUUUGUAAUAGCUAAUCUUUCAGACUGGUUCUCAAAGAAGUUGGGCUUGUAGCAUUUCAUUUAAUUCUUUUAGGAUAAUCUAAAAAAUCUUUUCUCGGGCCAAUCUCUCUGCACUGUUGGAUGCCGUAUUCCUAAUUCAUUGUGUUGAGAGUUCCUUUGCCAUUUGCGUCCUUAGCUGGAUAGAGGAAAGUGAUGAAUGUAAUUGUACUAUAGUUGAUUGUGUAAAUGAACGUUUGUCUUUUGAGUGUAAAAAAAGGGGUUCGUCUUUACACUAAGUUUGAGUGUAAACUGUAAAACCCAACUGUAUUUUUUUUAUAUAGUCAAAUGAAAAUCCCUUUCAUGCUUUUUUGUUGA